GGCGUCGUCACCACCACUGGCCUCUUCUAUGGCGUGACCAUGAUCGGCCUCCCCGGCUCCCUGGUGACCGUCGUGCUGCGCUCCAUCAUCUCCAAGAACGUGGCCAAGGAGGAGCUAGGCGUGGUGUUCUCGUUCCUGGCGGCGGUGGAGUCGAUCUGCGCGAUGGCGACGGCGUCUGCCUUCCUGCUGCUUUACAACGCCGUGCUGGACCGCGGGCCGGGCGUCGUCUGGCUGAUCGCCGCUGGAGUCACGUCGCCCGCCCUGCUGGUCCUGCUGGUGUGCCUGGUGCGGGAGCGGCGCGGCGACAUGGGCUACGCCCAGGUGCUGAGCGAGCAGGAGGAGCGCGACAGACGCGAGGAGAGUCAGGAGCCGGAGGACAACACCGACGACGCCACCAUAUUCCAGCACUGAGCCGGACAGCCCGACCCUCCCCACGCUGAAGCCGGCGUGCAACUCGCACUGGAGCGUUGUAUGGUAUCUGCCGCAAAGCGAAGACAGGCGCGGUCCCAGUGGCCACGUAGUGGUCCAUUUUGCAGGACGCGGGGCGGCGGAAAGCGUCACAGAUGUCUGAAGGGAUACGCUUACGCCGUACGGCAGUGCCUGCGCCUGCCGUGGUCUGUUUCACUGCUCGCGUGCCUUGUCACAGCGCUGGCAGUGCAGCGUAGCAGCUCUCUGUGGGACAUGCCGCUGCCCUCAGGGAUUGUCCAUGAUAGCGAAUGUAACGCGCGCAUAAUUAAAAGCACCUCGUUCGCAGCUGAUCACGAGGCUGGCCUUUUCAUGGUGUGGUAUGAUGUGUGUCAUUCGUUUAUGUAGACAUAUCUAUAUUGCC